CUGAGCUGCGCCCCCAUUCCCCCAAAGGCCCUGUAUUCCACCACCACCAUCAUCCUGCCCAAAUUCCCUCUGGCCCCACCAGGAGAAGAAGAGGAUGGCCUACACAAGUUCAGUAGACAUCUUUGACAUCUCCAGGUCAAUGUUCAAGUACCCAUGGCUGGAAUACCCAGGGAGGAACAAAGAACUCAGAAGCGUCUCGGCUCCUGUUUCCCUGCCCUUGUCCUGCCACCACAUACCAAAGGAAGAGCUUCCCCCAAGUCCAGAGUGCUGGAGGCAGCACCUGAGCAAGCCCAACACAGGACCUUACUGCUCCUCUUCCAAGAAGCCUGAGAUUGACACACACUGGCACACACUGUAUGAUCAGCGACAGGAAUGGGAGGCCCCGAUGUUGCUGAGAACAAGAGAUCACCCUAGGUACCUCAAAGAGGAUAUCCCCAUCCAAAAAGUUCAUCUCCCCGUGAUCAAGUGGACUAUAAAACCGCAGACAGCAUCCAAGCCUUUACACCCUACUGAGGACCCCCUGAAGGGGCUAAGAUUAAAGGAACUCACAAAAAGCCUGAAAUCUCCCAGAGAGGAUGAGCAGUUCUAUGCAGCACAGGCUCUGGGGUGCCUGGGCAUCGGUGACAAGUUUGUCAUGGAGGCACUAUUGCAGGUGGUCCAAACUGGUCCAGAGAAAGUGAAGUAUGAGGCCUGUCGAACCCUGGCCAUUCUGGGUUGCCUGAAUAAGCACGUGAUCCAGUCUCUUAUCAAGCAGUUGAAGGGGCAAAAUGAGGGGCAGAGGAUGGACACUCUGAUGGGGCUACGAGUGGCUCUGAACGCCUGGGCUGCUGUCCCCAAAGACAAGAGGACUCAAGUCGGGGAUGAAGGGAAACUGGUACCUGUGCUCCAGAUGCUGAUCCAGAAGUCAUCGAGGGAAACAGCCGCGGAGGCAGCCCUGUGCUUGGGUUUCCUGAGGCCCUGUAGCAGCACAGCCCGCGAGUUCUUGCUGCGAUGCCUGUGCCAAGGGCCCAUGACCCAGAGGAUGAAGGCACUUAGGAUGCUGGUCAAGAUGAUGCGUGUGCACUCAGCUGCAGUCAUCGGGGCUGUCCUAGACCAGCUGUGCCAUUCCAGUGUCCUGGAGCACCGCUUUGAAGCCACCCAGAUGCUCAAGACCAUUGGGCUGGAACAGAUCCAGGCACAGGGGCUGGAGGGGCUCAUAUUUAACAUGCUCAGGAAGAAGAUACACAAUGAACCUUUCCUCGCUGUGAGGCGGGCUGUGGCUGAAACUGUGGAAGAGCUCAAGAUGAAGCCUACAAUGAUGACCCUGGUGGAGGAGCAACUGAUGAACUCAAACGCCACUGCACGCCAGGAAGCAAUCAUCUCUUUGGGCAUCCUGGGGCUCCGCGACCCACAGGCGCUCCAUUUGCUCCUGGACAUGCUGGACGAGGAAAAGAACCAGUCUGUGAAGAAGACUCUACAAGAAACACUCAUUCUUUUGGCCUCCACUGAUCCCUGGAUCCAAAAGAAGCUGAAAAACAAGGCUCUCUUAGUAUAUGAGGCACCUAAGAACAACGAGAAGGCAGAGCCUAUGAGGUUCCGGAACAAGCCUGAGAACCCAGAAGAGUUAAGUAUCCAAGAUUUUCGACUUGCACAGCUGAACCCCUUUUUUGUUGCAAAGGCCAGUGCCUCAUUGGACCAACAGGAAAUGCUGAGUGCCCAGAAAGGGUCUGCCUGCUACCUCACCUAUGCCUUUCCACCCUGUUUCUCUAAGCUACUAGAAAACAACUCACAGGCCACAGGGUCUGGGUGCCAGGGAUCAGGAAACCGCUCCAGAUCCUUGCCCAAAACCUCCAAAUAG